CUUUUGGAGCGAUCAGUUGAUAACUCAUCGGUUUCUGAGACCCACUUCUCGUCCCUAUUGUCAGACCUGUCCUCCAAUUCCUACGCCUCACCCAUAGUGGAGAACUUCCUAAAUCUGUACCCAAACACUGGUCUCACAAAUGAGAGUCGUGUGAAUGGAUUGACAGAAAUCCAGAAAAAUAUAGAUUGGAUUCAACACAACGCUGACACUAUUGGCCAGUGGUUGAGAGACAACCGUAUUAUGUCAGUGGUCGAGGGGGCAGUCAUGAUAUUAUGUGUGGCU